AUGGAAGCUAAUUCUUCCGGUGAGGAUUGCUGUGUGAAAGUAGCAGUUCAUGUGAGGCCGCUUAUCGGAGACGAGAGGCUUCAAGGCUGUAAAGACUGUGUCACUAUUGUGCCUGGGAAACCUCAGAUACAAAUUGGGACCCACUCAUUUACAUUCGAUCAAGUUUAUGGCAGCAAUGGCUCCCCCUCCACCUCAAUGUACGAAGAAUGCGUGGCCCCUCUUGUCGAUGGCUUGUUUCAAGGCUAUAAUGCUACUGUUCUUGCCUAUGGACAGACGGGGUCCGGGAAAACGUAUACCAUGGGCACUAGUCUCAGAGAUGGAAGCCAAGCCGGAAUAAUUCCCAAAGUUAUGAAUGCUUUGUUCAGCAAGAUCGAGACUUUGAAGCAUGAGAUCGAAUUCCAGCUGCAUGUUUCCUUCAUUGAGAUACAUAAAGAAGAAGUAAGAGACCUGCUAGAUCCUGAUUCAACUAACAAACAAGAGACAACAAACGGUCAUGCUGCAAAAAUAGCAAGCCCUGGGAAAGCUCCGAUUCAAAUUCGUGAGACAUCCAGCGGUGUAAUCACACUUGCAGGGUCCACUGAGUGCAGUGUGAAGACUCUCAAAGAGAUGGCUGAUUGUUUGGAACAAGGGUCUCUAAGCCGAGCAACUGGGAGUACCAACAUGAACAAUCAGUCAAGCCGGUCACAUGCCAUUUUCACCAUCACAAUGGAGCAGAUGCGUAGGGUUCAUCCAGGUUUUGGAAGUGAUGGCAAUCUAAAUGACUGUAUGUCUGAGGAGUACUUAAGUGCCAAGUUGCAUUUGGUGGAUCUUGCUGGUUCAGAGCGUGCCAAAAGAACUGGCUCAGAUGGUUUACGUUUCAAGGAAGGAGUUCACAUUAACAAAGGUCUCCUCGCACUAGGGAACGUUAUAAGCGCACUCGGUGAUGAGAAAAAAAAGAAAGAAGGAGUUCAUGUGCCUUAUCGGGAUAGUAAACUUACUCGGCUCCUUCAGGAUUCUCUUGGUGGAAACAGCAGAACAGUGAUGAUAGCAUGCAUUAGUCCUGCUGAUAUAAAUGCUGAAGAAACUCUCAACACCCUAAAAUAUGCCAAUCGUGCUCGUAACAUCCGAAAUAAACCUAUUAUUAAUAGAGAUCCAAUAUCCAGUGAGAUGCUUAAGAUGCGUCAACAGUUGGAAUAUCUACAGGCCGAACUUUGUGCCCGUGGUGGAGGAGUUUCAUUUGAUGAAAUACAGGUUCUAAAAAAUAGAAUUACUUGGCUAGAGGCUACUAAUGAGGAGUUGUCUCGGGAACUCAACAAGUUUCGUAAUGGAAGUGAUUGCAUGAAGCUGCAGGAAGCCGAAAUUAAAGCUUAUGAAGGUGGUGCAAUCAAGGGUGAUGGUCUCAAAAGAGGGUUGCAAAGUAUGGAGUCAUCUGAUUAUAAAAUGAUUGAAGGUGACUCUGAAGAUAUCGAUGAAGAUACAGCAAAAGAGUUGGAGCAUACUUAUUUGCAGAAUAGUAUGGAUCAAGAACUGAGCGAGUUAAAUCGACAAUUGGAGCAGAAAGAGUCACAGAUGAAACUUUUUGGAGGAUAUGACACCACUGCUUUAAAGCAACACUUCGGGAAGAAACUUAUGGAACUUGAGGAGGAAAAGAAAACAGUACAGCGGGAAAGGGAUCGAUUGUUAGCAGAAGUUGAAAAUCUUUCUGCUAAUUCUGAUGGACAGGCACAAAAAUUGCAAGACAUGCAUGCCCACAAACUAAAAACACUUGAAGCCCAGAUACAAGAUCUUAAGAAGAAACAAGAGAAUCAGGUUCAACUUCUGAAACAGAAACAGAAGAGCGACGAAGCUGCUAGAAAGUUGCAAGAGGAAAUACAGUGCAUCAAGGCACAAAAAGUUCAACUGCACCAAAAGAUAAAACAAGAAGCUGAGCAAUUCAGACAAUGGAAGGCAUCUAGAGAAAAGGAAUUGCUGCAGUUAAGGAAAGAAGGCAGAAGAAAUGAAUAUGAAAGGCAUAAAUUGCAAGCAUUGAAUCAACGCCAGAAAAUGGUUCUCCAGCGAAAAACCGAGGAAGCUGCAUUAGCUACCAAGAGGUUGAAAGAGCUCCUCGAAGCACGUAAAUCAUCAACUCGCGACAAUGCAGUCAUUAGCAACGGAGUUGGAACAAACGGGCAGGGCAAUGAAAAAUCAUUGCAACGUUGGCUUGAUCAUGAGCUAGAAGUUAUGGUGAACGUUCAUGAAGUUCGAUUCGAGUACGAGAAGCAGAGUCAAGUACGAGCUGCACUAGCUGAUGAAUUGGCUGUUUUAAGGCAAGUUGAUGAAUUUGCUUCAAGAGGUGUUAGCCCUCCAAGAGGCAAAAAUGGUGUUUCUAGAGCAUCUUCAAUGUCACCAAGUGCAAGAAUGUCUAGAAUUGCUUCUCUCGAGAGCAUGUUAAGUAUAUCUUCGAAUUCACUAGUUGCAAUGGCUUCACAACUUUCGGAAGCCGAAGAACGUGAGCGUGGCAUUAGCAACCGCGGACGUUGGAACCAGCUUCGCUCUAUGGGAGAUGCCAAAAUCUUGCUCCAAUAUAUGUUCAAUUAUCUUGGUGAUGCAAGGUGUGAAUUGUGGGAAAAAGAAAUGGAAAUCAAAGAGAUGAAAGAGCAGAUGAAGGAAGUUGUUGGCAUAUUACGUCAAAGCGAACUCAGGAGAAAAGAAGUCAACUCUCACAAGCACAAUGCUGAUGACACGAGUGAUCCUUUGUCUCCAAUUCCGGUGCCAGCUCAGAAACAACUGAAAUAUACUGCAGGAAUUGCUAAUGGUUCCGUUAGAGAUUCAGCUGCAUUCAUGGAUCAAACUCGAAAGAUGGUACCUAUUGGCCAGCUGUCGAUGAAAAAAUUAUCGCUGGCGAGUCAUGGCGGGAAGCUAUGGAGAUGGAAAAGGAGUCAUCAUCAGUGGUUAUUACAGUUCAAAUGGAAAUGGCAAAAGCCUUGGAGACUUUCCGAGUGGAUUAAGCACAGCGAUGAGACGAUCAUGAGAGCCAAGCCUCGUCCCCAGGCUCUUCCCGAUGUCAUAGGAAGAUGGAACAUUGUAACUACAGGUAUUUUAGGUGUCGAUGCGUAUGGAGUGACGGUGUGUUGGCCUUGGGAUUUUGUAGCUCAAGUGGAUCAAAGUAGUUGUUUUGCGAAACAAUAUGACUUUGGUGGUAAUGGAUAUCAAGUUGUACUUCAAACAUACACGACCUACGGGGCGGAACGAACAAUUUUGAGUUGUUCUUCAUACCAAACUUCUUGUCACCUCGUUUCGUCGCGCACGCUAUCGUCGACUCGUAGGUGCGCCUCGCCAACUGUCGUGGGUUGUCGUGUCGGGUCGCUGCCGCCGUCGGAGCUUGUCGCGCGAUGUUGCCAAGUUGGUCGCUUCAUCGUCGGGUCGUGUUGUAGCUCACGGUGGUGUGCGUCGAAAUCUUUUAUUGUAUAA